AUGGCUGAAGAACGUCCUAAAGAGCCAGAGAUCAAGGUCUCGGAAGAUGGCAUUAACGCCAAUUUCAGCCUGUCGCCCAGACUCGAUCAGCCUCCUUCACGACCGAUCGGCUCAGCGCUUCGAGGCAGACAUCACCACCACAACCGCAACCACUCGAUCGACACAAAGGAUCGCACCAGCCCCAUCCUAGGUUUCGCUCCCUUGCAAUCUUCGGAUCGAUCCUGGAGCGUUGCCGACCUGGGCGGUGCCGACCAACACUCCUCCUCCUCUUCCUCCGACUCGGCAUCUUUGGAUCCAUCUCGUGCUCUGAACAGCUCCAGCGACCAUCCACGAUCCAAAUCAGCAUCUGCCAUCAACCUGUCCGCUUCCGCCUCGCCCAACCUGUACCCAUCGUCAGCACGAAAAGUCAGCGCUGGUUCUAGCUCGAGCAGCAGUAGCACCGGCAGCACCUCGCCUGAUGCAAACUUCUCAUCCGAGUCACGGCGAUCUGGAGCUCGCACCGCAGAUCGAUAUCAGCCCAAUGGAUCCACACACCAUCUCACUGAAGGCAGCAACCGACGCACUGCCUCUCCCGCCCGCAGCUUCGCCGGUGCUCCCAUCUCGCCACGCUUGCAGUCCACCAUGUCGGCACACGCUGGCCUCGCCCAUGUCCGUCGCACCAGUGCUGAUCUCUCGCCAGCACCCUUCCGAGCUCCUUCGCCGAUCUUCCUUCCAUCCGUAUCUCCGCCCCCUGGGCCCACAAAUCCUGACCCACAACACAGCUGGGAUUCAGUUUGGCCACGCUCUUCGACUCCAGAUCGUACCGAUCAGCUCCGUCGCAUGGGCUCCUGCUCUCCCGUGGCCGCUUCUCCUGGUGGUGCAUCCCCCUCUGCGCUGUCAGAUUCAAUGAACCUGUCCAGGUCUCCUUCGACUUCGUUUGAGUCAAGCUCUCCAGCUGGAUCCUCUAACACGGUACUCGGUAGACCCAAGGCAAGACGACCGCAUGAGCUGCGUGGAUCAUCCUCAUCGCCCAUCCUGCGCAUCAGCCCCAGCGGCCUUCGCGACAACCAUGACUCGUCCAAAAACCCUCGCAGAAGUCUGGAAGCGGCCAAAACAGAACCUAGCAUCAGGAUCGGCUUCACUCCGCCAGCUGCGCAAGGCGCUCCCGGAGAGACUUGGCGGCCGUCAAGUGCUGGCGCUGCCGUUUCUUCUCAGAGCCCAGCAAGUCGCGUGCUCUCACCAGCCACGGAAGCAACACCCCAAGUCGAUGCAGCAACUGCAACUGUGUCCCAUCGCUCUAGUGGCGCCUCGGGUCUCUCAUGGAUGCCAGAACGCGCCGAAUCUCCUUCAGCAACUUACGCUGCCGAUCCAAGGAAGCGAUCGACCUCGGUGCCUGUGCCGCACGCACUACCACUCCCAACCAGAACGCCGUCGCCCAAGAUCUCGCCUACUUCGCCCUUCCUUGAGCUGUCUGCUUCAUCCGCUAUGGGAUCCAACAGCUCCAAUAUGGGUCUCAGCGAAAGCCCGCCCAAGACACGCAGCUUCAUCGCCAUGCCGCCUCGGUCGGGCUACGAACUCAGCGACGAUCCAGAUGACGUCGGUUCUGAGGAGGAUGGCUCUAACUCGGAGAGGGAAAGCGUGGGUACCAACGACGAGGACCUUGAAGGGUCUGAAUACGAUGAUGAGGACGCCGCCGACGACGGUGAUGCCAUGGACCACGAUAAUGAUGAUGAGGAGGACGAUGACGACGGCGAGCGUCGCGAAAUGCCGGCAGAUGACGAGGAAGGUCAAGUUAAUGGCACAUAUGCAUAUGAUGACUCGCAUAAUCAAGAUGCAGGAUCACAACAAGAAAGGUCCUCGCAGUCCAACGACAUCACAGCACCUGAACGACCUACGCUACCGAAGCGACCUAGUCUCACCCGAUCUGGCGUGGUGCCGCCUCCCAUCACCGUUGUCGACCACAUACGCAGUCCCUUAGAUCCACUCGCCCAAGCUGAGAACUCUGCUCGAGCGCUUGCUGCGCAAAAAGGAUCGACUGGCAGUGCCAUGCUCAACUUCUUCCGUGACGAGCCCAGCGCGCAAGAUUCGCAGCAGCUUGGUCUCAGCGGCGAUGCUCAGGUCGGAGAUGCCGUCAUGCCCUCGGCCCUCGGUCUUGAUGCAGGCGAGGCACAGCCUCUCGACGCCAUGAUGGAGGAAGGCGGUAGCGGUCUCGCCGGAGAUGAGGACGACGACGACGAUGACGAGCAUGGCUUCGGUGGACUCGAGAACGCAGAAGAGGGCCUCAACACGCUCGAGCGCAUCUUCUUAUUCGCCAAAAGCGACCAGGCCUACCACAGAGUCUUGGUGUCGCAGUCGCUGCCGGAAUGGAUCCGCGAAGUGGAGCUCAACGAUGCGGUCGAGUACAUCAUCCCGUUGCUCAACGGCCUCGCCACGGACGAGCUCGACGUGUGCGCUGCGUUCGCACCUGAGAUUGGCCGCGUCAUGUGGUUCUUCUUCCGCAACUGUCCCAUCGCUGAGCUCGCCGACGAGUCGACCGAGAUGCACAACGCAGACGACGAGGAGUCAGAAAGGGCGUCGCGACCCAAAAUCAGCCUCACAGCCUUCACGACACUGCUAUGUGCUCUGUUGCUCAACCAGAACACCAUCAUUGCCGGCGCUACCCAGCAGUCCCUUGUACAUCUCUUCUAUCGCCUCGACCGACGCGACCUCGAGUACUCCAAGGAGGAGCUUGCAGAAAAAAGCCAGGAGGAGAUCCAGGCUCGACAGCAAGAGCAGGAUCUCGAGAGCUACGUUACACAUGCUUCUGGCAGAGAUGGCCAGCCCGUACCCCACGAAGACUACCACUUUGACGACAACGCCCGCUUCGCCGUCAAAAACGAGCUUCUUGAGAAUGUGGCGCUCGCGCUCGCACAACUCAAUCACGGUCGCAGUGGCGCUGAACAGGGAGAGCAGGAGAGCCAAAAUAGCAACGUUUCAUCCGAGCCGAUGUCUGGCGAAGCAGAUGGUCAGCACCAAGCACAAUCCUCGAAUACCGAAGAUCAGGCCAUGGAGGAGGACAAGGCAGACAGCGCAGAGAAGAACGAAUUCACUGCCGCAUUAACAGAGUCGUCAGAGACCCAAGCGGCUACAAACGACGCAAUGGACGAAGAGCAAGAUCUGGAAGUGGCAAACUCGUGGGGUCAGAGCGGCAACAACAUGUUUGGUCACCAGAGCGACGGCUCAGGCAGUGAUGUUCAGAUCGACGAGGAUGAAGAGUCGGCUGUUGGCCGCAUGGCCUCGGUCAGCCUUCUCGCGGCCCUUGCUGCUGACGAGCUCAUCCCACAAGACACGCUUCUGAACCGUUUCGCCCCCGAGGUGCUCAAGCUCAUCGACGACGGUGCCUUCUACGUACGCAAAGAGGUGGCUAGCUCGCUUGGACCGUUGUCACGCAACAUGACAGUUGAGUCCGUUGAGAACACGGUGCUACCAGCACUGAACAAGGCGAUCCAUGACCGCAACUGGCACGUCCGUCAAGCUGCAUGCUUCUCAAUCCCCGCCAUCCUUGGAAGACUCAACGAGAAACUGCGUCGCGACCAGACUCUCCUCUUCAUGCGGGCGCUGAUCAAUGAUGUCUCACGUCAGCUAAGGAUGGCUGCGCUCGAGAUCAUCGGCGAGGUGAUCUAUAUGUUCCACAAUACCGAAGUCGGCGUGCCCGAGGAGCUCAUUCGGUUCUUCCUUGGUGAGCCAUUCGAUGGUCCACCGCAGCAAGGCGAUGCGUCGUUGACAUUCGACAAGACGAGCGAUCAGACCGGAACCGAGGCGCUUUUUGAGGAAGAGAGCGCUAUGAUGAUGGACGGCAAUGUCGAUCUCGGCGUGCCCUCGUCUCCGCGAGAUGACCAGGACUCGCUUCUAGCCAGCUUCGGGUACGGUGGUAACGACAGCUCGAUGAUGGAUGCUGAUCCGUGGGACACCAAAUUCCGCGUCGACAACUAUGAUCCAGAACGUCCUCUUGUGGUUGCCUACAACCUUCCUGCUGUGGUGCUCACGCUAGGCGCAAACCAGUGGAGCCGACUCAAGCUGACCCAUGCCGAGCUGACCAGAAGCCACAGGCCGAAAGUCAGGAAGAGCUUGGCGGCGUCCUUGCAUGAGAUCGCUAAGAUCAUUGGCCAAGAAGCGACGCGCGAUGAUCUGCUGCCGGCAGCAACGCGAUUCAUCAGCGACGACGACGCUGAAGUACGUACGGCCAUGUUCGACAACAUCGACGUGUUCCUGUCCUGCUUGCCUCAGGCUGGUGCUGAAAAUAUGCUCUGGGAGCUCCUUUCACAGUGGUCUUCGGGCUCGUUGAAGGACUGGCGUUUGCGAGAACGUCUGGCGCUGCACAUCCCAAGCAUGGCUAAGCAAUUCUUGCUGAACGACGAAGAUGGCAACUUGGUGUCGUUGAUGCAGCUUGCACUUGCCGACCCUAUCAGCGCCGUUCGAGAUGCGGGUAUUCACUGUGUGCCAAAUUUGUACAAGGCAUUCGCGGAGCACGAUCAGGUGAUAGCGGAUGGCUUCUUGGGCAUGGUCAGCGAUCUCGGAGAGAGCCCAGGCUACCGACUGCGUGUGGCCUGUCUGCUCUGCAUCGGUGCUUUGGUUGAGUCGGGCAUGCAGAGGUCAUCUUGCGAACUAUUGCUGCUUAGCCGACUCAAUCAGAUGGGCAACGACAGUGUGGUGGAUGUUCGCAUCGCUCUCUCUCGUACACUGGGACAGAUGUGCCGCAAGGAUGAGCUGUACGCGCUUCCUCAGUCUCGAUCAGAGGAACUCAACAAGCUGAUCGCUAAGCUCGCACACGAUGAAGCGGACGAGGUCCGACAACCUUUGACCGGGAUCCUGUCAGAAGAGGAGCUCAGUCGCUUCGCCACGCUUCCACGACCGGAAGGCGCAACAAGGGAAGCUACACGCAAGCUUGUGCUUGGACCUGCGGAUGGUAGACCGCAUCGUCCCGAGGGCGAAGGUGGCUUGACCAACAACUUUGUCGAUGCAGAUGAAGAUGACAGCGACAUCAAUGUGUUCCACAUGGAUGACGAGAGCAAUACGGGCGAGGAGGCUCCAGGUGACGACAAGCACGACGAUAAAGAGAGUCAGGCAGGAAUGGAAGCCGACUCAAACUUGCCUGGUCACCUGAGUCAAGCACAGUCGGCUCAGCAUCUGGAAAUGUCUCGUGCGAGCAUCUUUGGUGGGGCUAAGCGACAGACGGAUCUGGACUUUGGCUCGGACUGGGUCAACGCCAACGGACCUGCGUUCUUCGACUAUGGCGACAAGGAUGAUGCCGACGAGAUUGAAGAUGAGGAGGGGCUGGAUGAGGAGCCUCACCAUCUGCUGAAUGUGGACCGGGACUCGAGUGGCUCUGGCGAGUUGAUUGAGCACGAUGCGCUCAACGAAGACGGCCAGACGCAGAACAGCGAGAAGGAAGCCGAGGGAGCGGAUGCAAACGGUCAAAAAGAGGAUGAGGAAUUGCAACAAGCAGCGGACAAGAGCAUGGAAGAGGCAGAUGCGGAUCACGGGAUCACGCUCUCUUCACCUCAACGUGGACUCGUCGGAGCCACAGGUUUUGGCGGUGAGGGCGAUACUUCAUCGGAUAGCCCUAGCCGACCGAGCUCUUGUGCUGCUGCUGCUGCUGCUGCUGCAGGCAGUGGACAGAACAAAGCAGCUGAUCCGUUCCUCGCCUUUGUCGCUGGAUGCCGAUCGCAAGACCUCUCGAAGCUGCAUUUGGAUCUGAGCGGUCGCGAACCUCGCUUGGGUGCGACGAAACGUUGCCGAUUGUCAAAUGGUACAGCCGCACGCCAAGGCGAGGAGGGCGGCGAUGAGGGAGAAGUCCUGCAAAGUCCAAAUGGAGAUGAAGAGAUGAUGGGCUCUACGCGAUAUUUUUCCAAGUCUUCAGGCGACUGGUCGCAGCUUCGAGGCGAUGCUCCUCCGCAGCAAAGCACAAGUCAAGGCAGCGGCGAGACUGGAUGGGAAGCGGAAGCUGGCGAAGACGACUUUGUUCAAGUCUAG